UUUCUUUUUCAAUACGGUUCUAUUAUUUUUUGGUUCAAAAGAUUACUUAGGUACAUGGAGCCAAAGAAUCUAAGCGACAUCUCAGAAUUUUUCCUCAUGGGCCUUUCUGAGGAUCAAGAGCUGCAGCCCCUUGUCUUUGGGCUGUUCCUGUCCAUGUACCUGAUCACGGUGGCUGGGAACCUACUCAUCAUCCUGGCUGUCAGCUCUGACACACGCCUGCACACCCCCAUGUACUUCUUCCUCUCCAACUUGUCCUUGGCUGACAUUGGUUUCAUCUCUACCACAGUCCCCAAGAUGGUGGUGAACAUCCAGACACAGAGCAAAGCCAUCACUUAUGUGGGCUGCCUGCUGCAGGUGUCAUUUUUUUCACUCUUUGGAUGUCUGGAUACUCUGUUGUUUACUGUGAUGGCCUUUGACCGGCUUGUGGCUAUCUGUCACCCUUUGUACUACACUAUCAUCAUGAACCCUCGCCUCUGUGGUUUGGCAGUUUUGGUGUCCUUUUCCUUGAGCCUUUUGGAGUCCCAGCUGCACAUUUCAAUGGUGUCACAACUUACAUUCUGCACAAAUGUGGAAGUCCCUAGUUUCUUCUGUGACCCUCCUCAACUCCUUAACCUUGCCUGUUCUGACACCUCCACUAAUGUCAUACUAAUAUAUUGCAUCAGUGCUGUCUUUGGUGGUGUUCCAGUCUCAGUGAUCCUUUUCUCUUACUCUCGAAUUGUUUCCUCAAUUCUGAGAGUCUCGUUUUCAGGUCAGAAGUACAAAGCCUUUUCUACCUGUGGCUCUCACCUCUCAGUUGUUUGCUUAUUUUAUGGAACAGGCUUUGUAGCAUACCUCAGUUCAGCUCUCCCAUCUUCUGCCAGGAAGAGUGCAGUGCCCUCAGCGAUGUACACAGUGGUCACCCCAAUGCUGAAUCCCUUUAUCUACACCCUGAGGAACAGGGACAUCAAGCGAGCCUUGUCGAAGCUUAUUAGCAGAACAGUCUUAUCUGAAUAUUAG